AUGGAAGCAGGAAUUCCGUAUGUAACGGACGGACCCAUGAGGGCAUUGCGGGAAUUGUUUCUGACAUCAUUGCCUAUGGUACCUCUUCUUGAGUUUGAUAGGUAUCCUCUUUUCCCAAUGUUUAAUAUGUCUAUAAAAAUUCUAGUUUGGAACGUUCAGGGAGCAGGCAAUAAGGUGCCGAUCAUUAAAGAAUUAGUUAGAAUCAAUAAGCCAUCAGUGGUAGUGCUAGUAGAGACCCACCUGAGUGGCGAGCAAGCCCAAAAAAUCUGUGAUAAAAUUGGAUUUCAAGGUCAGCAACGAGUAGAAGCCCAGGGAUUCUCCGGAGGUAUUUGGCUCCUUUGGGAUACAAGCUUUGUAUCUAUUACCUCGUAUGGUUCGCAUACUCAACAUCUUACUGUGGAAAUCCGUAAACUAGGGGAGGACCUGUGGUUGUUUUCUGCAGUGUAUGCUAGCCCAGACAGUACUUUGAGGAAAGAGUUGUGGCGAGAGUUAGAAAAAAUAAAAGAUAGUUAUUUUGGUCCAUGGCUGUUAGCGGGAGAUUUUAAUGAAACAAUGACAAUGAACGAAAGAAAUGGAAGUGAAAGCUCGGAGAUGUCGCGUCGGUGUCGUGAGUUCUCUAACUGGGUUAGCAACAAUGAGUUAAUUGAUUUGGGGUGCUCUGGGCCCAGUCACACUUGGUUUCGAGGAAAUUCGAGUCAGACUUUUAAGUCAGCUAGGUUAGACCGAGGCCUAGUGAAUGAAGAUUGGAGGAUGCGAUUUAGUGAAGGCGCGGUUCGAAAUUUACCGAAAGCUGCCUCAGACCAUUGCCCGAUAAUCGUGAGUACCAAUGGGUUUGCCCCCAUUCCUGUCUCGACUAAGCCAUUCCGAUUUCAAGCAGCCUGGAUGAAUCAAAUUAAGUUCCAUGAGUUUGUGUAUGAGAACUGGAAAAAAGGAGCUCCGAUUGUGCCUUUCCUAAAGGAAUUCGCGCUCAAACUUCAGAAGUGGAAUAGAGAAGAAUUUCACAAUAUUUUUCGUAAAAAAGCUGAGCUGUGGGCAAGAUUAGAGGGAGUGCAAUCUAUUCUUGCGUCGGGUAGACAGUCCCACCUAGCGAAAUUAGAAGCGAAGUUGCGUAGAGAGAUGGACGAGGUGUUGAAUGAGGAGGAACUACUUUGGUUCCAAAAAUCUCGCAUGGAGGCGAUUAGUGAUGGUGAUAGAAAUACUCGUUACUUUCACCUGUCUACUUUAAUUAGGAGAAGGCAAAAUCGAAUUGAGACUUUAAAAGAUGAAUCUGAUAACUGGACCAUGGAUGAUUCCCAAGUGAAGGCCUUGGUACUCAAAUAUUGGAGUGAGCUUUUUCAAGAGGAGGAGGGAGUAAUGCAAGGGGGUUGA